CGGUAAGCUAGCGGAAUCAAGCAAACCAGGCUGCCAGCCCGUGAUGUCGUCGUAGUCGUGUGCUGUCGGUCGGUCGUGAGCGUGAGCUAGUUGGGUUGCUUCGUCUCGGGAAAAGUGAAGGUAAAAAGAGAAAGAGGUAAUAAUAAUACAAAACUACUCGGGGUGGCAGAAGAGUGCAAGAAAAGUAAAGCGUCUAGCGUGCAGUGUACCAAAAAGCUGCCGCAAGAACACGCCAAGAAGAGGAGACAAAACAACGAUCAGAUGAUUUCUUUCAUCUUAACUUGCAAGUGAUUACCAUGUACUUGAUAUUCAUCUCGUUUCAUCGGAGAUAAUGUUGGUGGCGGUAGCAGUGAUAAUAAUGUUGCCAAUGAGGGCAGGAUAAAAAGUGGAUCGAUACAGUGAAGAAACAAAAGUCGAGAUCACGUUUGGUGCGCGAAAUUACCGAUUAGAUUUGAUUGGUCGAUCAAAGCUAGUUCAGCUCUGUUCCGUUCGCUGGCAAAGAAGGUUAAAGUGAAAAGUGAUCCCUCCAAAGGAAACGAAAAAAAAACGAUCGUGAUCACAAAGUAAUCGAGUGUGCAGAGAAAAACGAAACGCAGAUCAACCUGGCGACGGAGCGUACCGGCUCGAUCCGGUGUUUUCGGAGGGGGCGCAGGCAUUACACUAUCGCCAUAAACUGCCGAACUGGAACAGUAACCCGGCAAACGGGCGAAACGGAGCCAUUGCAGUCACUGUUGCUGCUCGUUCAGUAUUUGAUCCCAUAACGCGUGUACACGAGGAAAAAGAAAUUCAGGCCACCGGGCUAUGGAUCCAAUAUUCUUCUCCCCGCCAAAUGGAGUUCCGUCGGAAAGUAAACUGGCCACUUAUAUGAGUCGUCAAAAUGUUUCGACGCCAACAUACGGGUUAUCCUCGGGCCUCAGCAAAUUGAACCUAGACUCUCCCAUAUCUAUCAAGAAAUCACAGGUGACUCCUCAGUCGCCAGAAUUCAUUCCAAACAAUCGCCUCAACACGUCGUCAUCACCAAACUUCUACUCAUCUUACUCGAUACUCGGUAGUAACGGUUCGACUGGAACUGGUGGCAUCGCUGGCGUUGGCAGCAACAGUGUGAUAGGAUCCAGCAAUGGCACGACGGUGGUUGUGGCGGGGAACGUCGGAUCAGGAUCUGCCGUCGUCGUUCAAGCUCAGUCAGCACAACUUUCAUCGGUGGCGACGGCGAUCGUACCCACCGGCGUAGGUGGAGGGGGAGGAGGAGGUGGAGGGGGUACUGGCAGUUCCGGCGGCAAAUCCCAAGCAAGCAGCUACGGUAGCAGCAUACUGGGCAGCUCACUUAGCAACAGUUCUACCUACGCCGUUACCCCUAUUAAGGGGCGAAGUUUACUUCGUAACGAUUCACCACAGAGUACUAAUACGUCUCCUCGAAUUACGCCUCAACCAUCACCACCGCCAAUUACUACCAAUAUUCAUCAAGAAAAUGUCGGUGGUACGACGUACUUCUAUCCUACUGCAGCCAACCAUCAAUUAACACCGAGUAGUACAGUUAACACGACUGAAAACACAUUUGUCCAUGUAACAAGCUCACAAAUUAAUCUAAGUUAUUCGCAUCCAGGACAUGUCUACCCGGGACCUGCGUCGCACGUUGUCAACAUGCAAGCGAAGUCGCAAGUAUCGAUGGCGUACUUUCUGCAGGACGAACUGAGAAACGAUAUUUUAACAAGAAACGAAACGGUGAAUAGUGUCGAAACUGAGUGUCAAGAUUUGCCUCUAGAAGUGGAAAACUACCAUUCGCUGUGUCUGCUGGAAUCUUUGCCAGUACAUCCUAAGCUACCGCUUCCGUCGUCUACCUACAAAGCAACACACAAUCUCACUGGCGUUAAGUACUGCCUAAGGCGCCUUCAUGGUUUCCGACUCCAAUCGACCAAAUGCAUGCAGUUUGUCGAUAUGUGGAAGAAGUUGCAGCACACCAACGUAGUACAACUGCGAGAAGUAUUCACAGCCAAGUCCUUUGGUGAUAACUCUCUGGUGAUAGUGUACGACUAUCAUCCCGGUUCGCAGACGUUACUCUCGAAAUAUUUUACCCCGAGCACGGAAACAACGAACGGAUAUUCAGAUCCAUUUUCCGGCGAAGCACGACCCUUCAGUCACAAAAGUUCCCUUCAUCGAACGGCUGCCGCAGCGCUGCUGCCGGAAAACGAAAUCUGGUCAAUUAUCAUACAGCUUACUGCCGGACUGCGAGCGAUCCACCAAACUGGCUUGGCCUGUCGAACACUGGACCCAACCAAAAUCAUUAUCACCGGUAAACGGAUACGAUUCAGCUGCGUUGCGAUAUCGGAUAUUGCAACAUACGACCCCAACCAGCCAAAUCCACUGUCCGUCGUGAGCCACCAUCAACAGGAUGAUCUAACGGCCCUAGGAAAGCUGGUUCUAGCUCUCGCCUGUCGAAGUUUACAAUCCGUACAAAGGGAUCAGAUUCAAAACAGUAUUGAGCUAAUAUCACGUCACUACUCGUCGGAUUUACGGAAUAUAAUUCUAUACCUUCUCUCGUCGAGUAACCGACGCUCGGUGACGGAAAUAAUGCCGAUGAUCGGCGCCCGCUUCUAUGUACAACUCGAUGCAUUACAAGCCCAAUGUGAUAUCCAGGAGGACGAACUGGCAAAAGAGAUGGAGAAUGGUCGCCUCUAUCGGCUGCUGGUUAAACUCGGCACCGUCAAUGAAAGACCAGAACUUAACUUAGACGUGACGUGGUCGGAAACGGGCGACCGCUAUAUGCUGAAACUGUUCCGUGACUACCUCUUUCACACCGUCACUGAGGACGGCCGUCCAUGGCUCAACCAGUCGCACAUUGUGCAGUGUCUUAACAAGCUGGAUGCUGGUACCAUGGAAAAGGUGCAGCUGAUGUCACGUGACGAACAAUCAGUAUUAGUAGUAACUUAUGCUGAACUGAAACACUGUUUAGAGCAAGCUUUUUCCGAACUGGUAACCGCGGCCACCGUGUAAUAACGAAAGCAGCAGCAAAAGUACUAAAAAGUGAUAGCAGUAGUAGCCGCGUAUCAAUUGCGUAUAUACAUACAUGCACACACACACUCACACUUUGAGUGUCUGUUACUAUUUCAAGGCAGAGCUUUAAUGAGGCUCGAGAGGUGUAAUAUUUUCUAAUUAGAGGUUAUAGUGCAGACAACUGUCGGCGGCAGCAGCAUUGAGGUGUUAAUAGGAAGGAGUAAAAGUACACAGAGAUAAACACUCAUACAUACACAUACACACAAGCAUGCAUAAAUACAGCAGGUUAAAAGUGGAGAGAGAAAGUGAAAGAAUGCAAUUUGUAAAGAUAUGAUCAUGAUCUUAUUUUUUAUACACAUACACAAACACACAACCCUAAAAGAAAAUCAUUGUAGCGAAGGGUGCAGAGAAAAAACUACAAAGAUAGAAAGAGAGACAUCAUCUUAAACAUAAAUAUUUACACAAUACAAAGCAAGAAAUAAUCGUUGACCGAGAUUAGAGAGCACAGUAUGGGUACGUGCGUGAGCGAGUGCGCGGGUGAAAUUACUCAACUAUGUAGCGCCACAAACCACAGAUUGCGAGCAGCUAAACUGAGAACGAUCGUGCAGGUGCAAAGUGUAAAGUGAAAGUUAAGUUCAAUGUUUUUAGGGUUCUUUUUUAAUACCAACAAUGGCAAUGUUUAUCGAUACGAAAGAAAAUGUCUCGUUUUAAUGGACAGACAUUGCAGAAUAAGCGUCAAGAGGUUGCAAAAGUUGCUGGUGAUAAGCCAAGCGAAAAUGUGUGGAGAAAAUACAACUUUCGUUAUGGAACAUUACUUGGAAGCAUUACUUUCGAGUUACAAAUUGUAUUCAGCGGACGUUUGAGAGUAUGUAUUGAACAUUUCAGAACAUUGCUUUCUUUGUUGUUUGUUUUGCAGCUAACGUCACCUUUCUUGACGUUUUUCUAGCGAUGGCUAUAAACUUAUUUCUGUUACACUAAUCUAAACUGCUCAGCUCUUCGGUACAGUGAAAUCAGAUUACCGCUGGAUGUAAAAAUCCAUUUAUUAACUCUGUUCCACCUGAGCGCUCGCAAUUGCGCUAAUUAUUAAUAGCAUUAUAGUAUGGUAAACGUAACUAAUGACCCCUGUUUUCUUGCUGUACUCUCACCAAGGCAGCUGCAGCAUAUGUUAUGCGUUUCCGUGAUAUCGAUACAGCCAACGAUCGCCCGUCUGCUGGUGACGGUUUUUUUUUUGUUUAAAUUCAAACACUGGCAAAUGGAGUUUAGAGUUCUUAUUACUUUAGGAUACGAUACAAACUUGUAUGUGACAGCGAGUGAGUGAGUUGGAUUGUGAAACGAAACCGAAAGAAUAUCGUUCUAUAUUUUCUCUAAUUAAUUUAAACUGAGCAAAACGUUUGUGAUGUUAUUUUUUAUUACUAUACAUUUAUUUUUAGAGUCCUUUUUGUGCGUCUUUAUUUCCUAAUUACACAUAAAAUAAUUAUUACUAUUGUUUUUGCUAGUGUACUAUUUACGUUCUCAAUUUAAAAAGUAACAAAAAAGCGAUACAGAAUGUGUGACAAAACGAAGAAAAGAACUUACCUCGAUUUAUCUUAAACAAAACAAAAAGUAUGGUUUGUUCUCUCUUUCGCGCUCAACAUUAUCCAGGAAAUAACUGUUUCGCUUUUUUUUAGAAUCAUCAAAUCAAAUAAAAAUUUCCGUACUAUUAUUCUUUCCAACCGAUAGACCAGCGGCAUCCACUUGGUUUAAUUUUUUUUUUCGGUUCUUGAGCUAAACACCUAAAUAACGAAAGCGUUUUUAUUCAUAGCGACAGAGUAUCGAGACACGAUAGUUGUUUUUAAUCGUAAAAAAUAAAACAGGUAGAGACAGCAUAGGCUAUGAGAUUUUUGGAUUGAAAAGAAAAAGAGAAAGAGAAUUUAACUUCACAACUAGAACAAAACUGAAACCAAUAGAUAUUAGCUGAUAUUGAUAUUGAUGCAUAAUGAGACACAGGGAGGCAACUGGUUUAUCUUUCUAUACAAGUCAAAGAAGAAAAAAUACAUAAAGCCGAGAUAUGAUUCGUCUCGAAAAGCUAACAGAAAACAAAUUCAUAUUCUUCCUGGAGCAACUGAGAAGCAGCGAAAAAACAGAAAAAAGAGCGAGAGAGAGAGUAAGCAUAAAAUUGAGAAUUAUAGUGAAAGACUUUUUACUGUGACAAAUAAUAUUUAAAUAAAAAGAGUAACAAAGGAGAAACUAAAGUAAACAGAAAAUACAGAUAAACAGCAAAUUACAUAGAAUGGAAAUAUAUUUGUAAUAAAACAGAAAACAAAAGCACAAAAAAAGAAACGAAAGUAACAUCCGAGUCAACAGAGGUUGCACUAUGUUUUGUUGGUUUGCGUUCUGUUGGACCCAUUCCUCGUUCAAUUUAACAGUUAGAAUAACCAUUUUUCUCUCACGAAGCGCAAUUGGCUUUAUUUCCUAAAUUACUGAAUCUGUUUCCUCACCGGUAAAUCUACAAUUCGUGUGAAAUAAACACAUUAUCUGAUCUCAUCAAUUAUUAUCAAUAAAAUCUUCCGUCUGCAGACCAAAAUCGGUUUCCUUUUAUUUAUAUCAUACCAGGCAAAAAAAACACAAAUCAACAAAACAGCAGAAGUGGAUGAUCGAGAUAUAAUUGAGUAAAAAAUAAAGACAAAAAAAUCAUGCGAGAAAAAAAUAAUAAAAAUAUAAAAUUGAGAGCACUUUAUUGCGCUUAAACAAAAAACAAUAAAAGAAAAAAAUAUGUUUCAUAAAA